AUGAAAUUGUCCAAAGCUUUAAUCUCAACACUUCUAUACAGUGCCAGUGCUUUGGCAAGCCAUCUGCCUCGCACUACCGGCCAGAACGCUUCGCCAUUAGUGUUCACGUACGGAUCAGCAGAACAGCCGGAUCUAGUCUUUGCCAUAAGCGCGACAACGGAUGGCGACUUUGCCUUACACAUGUCAGGAUCGUCCAAGCACUCUUGGAUCGCCGUCGGAACAGGUACAGAGAUGGAUGGUUCGAUGAUGUUCGUGCUCUACGGCGACGGAACAAAAAAGGGCGCCACCCUGAGCACGCGGUCCAGCACAGGACACCAGGAGCCAUCUUACGUGUCCAGUAUGGAACCGCAAGUGAGUGCAAGCAGCGAGAAUGGUAUUCACGCCGCCACCGCAUACUUCAGGAACAGUUCCGCCUGGACGCAGAACAGUAUCGACAUGACCUCAAGCAAGCAACCUUUCAUCUUCGCUCUAGGUCCCAAGACGCAUGGCCAGACCGAUUCAUCGCCAACAGCGAUGAUACAGAGACAUGUUGUCUAUGGUAGCUUUACCAUGGACAUGACACAAGCACUUUCGUCUUUGGCGUCUCAAGCCAAUGGUGAGAAUGGCACGUGGACUAGCAGUGGUGCAUCUUCAGCCUUUGACGUCUCCAAGGAUUUCGACGCUGGAUGUGUUAUACAUGCUGUCGUUAUGUGUCUUGCGUUUGUUAUUGUAUUUCCAUUGGGUGCACUGCUAUUACGACUACUCAGUGUCAGAGUCCACUACUUGGUCCAACUGGCAGCCUCUCUUCUUGUUCUUGUCGGCCUGGGGACUGGCAUAUAUGUUUCAAUGGAAUAUAACAAGACGCAGACAUACAUGACUGCUCAUCAGAUCAUCGGCCUGACCUUGUUUGCUGGUGUGGCCAUACAAUUACUUCUUGGUACGAUUCACCACGUCAUCUUCAAACGCACACGGAAAUCGACUAGGCUCGGCAAAAUUCACUUGUAUCUUGGUCCGAUGAUACUUGUCCUGGGUAUCGUUAACGCACCUUUGGGUCUCAUAUUGGGCCAGCAAAAGCAAUAUAAUGUGCCAUAUGCUAUCCUGGCCGCUGUGCUAGCAGUCUUGUUCUGCGUGGCAAGAGGAUACCUCUUUUGGUCUGGAAGACUAAGUAAGACAAUUAAAGACAAUGACGGAGAUGUACAGGUACCCUUACGCACGCUUUAG